GACUACUUUGAAUAUGAAAAUAUAAAUAGUGGUAAGUUUCAGUUGCCCAACAAUGACAAACUAAUGAAGUUCAGCAAAGUCUUCCUUCCCACACUCUAUAGCAUCGUCUUUAUUGUGGGCUUCAUUGGUAAUGGCCUGGUGGUGUGUGUCCUGGUCAAGUACCGCAAAACAUCCAACAUGUCAGAUCUGUGCCUCUUCAACCUGGCCCUUUCAGACCUCCUCUUCCUGAUCUCAUUGCCUUUCUGGGCUCACUAUGCUGCAGUCAUUGAGUGGAUCUUUGGGAGCUUCAUGUGCCAUGCUGUGACAGCGCUCUACCUGCUGGGAUUCUAUGGAAGCAUUUUUUUUAUGAUCCUUAUGACUGUGGAGCGUUACAUUGUCAUUGUUCACACAUUCUCCAGGCACUUAUCUGUCAGAGCUAGUAUAGCCCUGGCGCUGUUUGUGUGGUCACUAAGCUUGGGAGCCUCUUUGCCAAAAAUAAUUUUCUUACAAAUGAAGAAUCAUUCAAACAUAUUACAAUGCAGCGUGGAAUAUCCAAAAGGAACUUUUUGGAUGCUGUUUACCUACAUUGAGCUUAACAUCCUUGGCUGGAUAAUUCCUCUCUCAGUGAUGGUUUUCUGCUACUCGCGUAUUAUCCCAAUCUUAAUGACCAUGAAGUCUCAAAAGAAACACAAAGCUGUCAAGCUCAUGGUGGUCUUGGUGAGUGUUUUCUUUCUUUUCUGGACACCCUACAACAUUGUCAUCUUUCUAAAAUUCCUGCAACAAUUGAUCUACAUAAAUGUCUGUCAAGAGCACAUGGACAUAGCCAUGCAAUGGGUGGAAAUGAUAGCGUUCAGUCACUGCUGCCUGAACCCAAUAAUCUAUGCAUUUGUGGGCCAGAAAUUUAGGGAUUUGUUUCUAAAGAUUCUAAAAGAAUGGUUUCCUUUUUGCUUUGGCCAUUGCAAAAAAACAAAAAGUGAGCUCUCAGAGAGGGGGACCUAUAUGUACUUACACACUUUUGGAAUAUCUAGCACAAACGCAAAAUCAAAAGUGUAA